UGGAGAUCCACACCAGCCUCCCCACCCUUGACAAGGCCUAGAUGAGGAAACUGAGACCCAAAGAGAGACAGCAACUGGCCCAGGGUCACCUCCAACAUGCAGAUGCCUGCCAUGAUGUCUCUGCUACUUGUUGCCGUGGGCUUCGUGGAAGUCCUUCAGGCCCAGAGCCACCCCAUCCAACGACGAGACCUCUUUUCUCAAGAAAUGCCCCUGGACAUGGCCUUGGCCUCCUUUGAUGACCAGUACGCUGGCUGUGCCGUAGCCAUGACAGCUGCUCUACCACAUCUCAACCACACAGAGUUCCAGGCCAACAAAGUGUAUGCAGAUGGCUGGGCACUGGCAAGCAGCCAAUGGCAGGAGCGUCGGGCCUGGGGACCAGAGUGGAGCCUCAGCCCUACACGUCUGCCCCCGCACCCCCCAGGCUUCCGCGAUGAGCAUGGGGUGGCCCUCCUGGCCUACACAGCCAACAGCCCCCUGCACAAGGAGUUCAACGCAGCUGUGCGUGAGGCAGGCCGGUCGCGGACCCACUACCUCCAGCACUUCUCCUUCAAGACACUCCAUUUCCUGCUGACCGAGGCCCUGCAGCUACUGAGCAGCAGCCAGCGUCUGCCCCGGUGCCGCCAGGUGUUCCGCGGGGUGCAUGGCCUGCGCUUCCGGCCAGCAGGGCCCGGAGCCACUGUAAGGCUGGGCAGCUUUGCCUCCGCGUCCUUGCAGAAUGUUGCAGCCCAGAAUUUUGGUGAGGAUACCUUCUUUGGCAUCUGGACCUGCCUUGGGGCCCCUAUCAAGGCCUACUCCUUCUUCCCUGGAGAGGAAGAGGUGCUGAUCCCCCCAUUUGAGACCUUCCAGGUGAUCAAUGCCAGCAGACCGGCCCAGGGCCCUGCCCGCAUCUACCUCCGGGCCCUGGGGAAGCGCAGCACAUACAACUGCGAGUACAUCAAAGACAAGAAGUGUAGGUCUGGGCCCUGCCAGCUGGAUAAUUCAGCCAUGGGUCAAAGUCCCCUCUCUGCAGUCUGGUCCCUGCUGCUGCUGCUCUGGUUCCUUGGGUGAGGGCCUUUCCAGAGAGUCCAGGCCUCCUCUGACCCAUCAGACACCAAACAGCCCCGCCUACUGCUGCCCACCCUAAGGAUGAUGGCCAUGUGUGUGCUUUAAGUGUCGCCAAGAUCCCUGGUAAACCUUCCUGCAUGGAACUCUGGGACCUUCUCUGGCAGCUUCCAGAUCUGCUGUGGAGAAACAGGAGAGAAUUUUGGAACUGAAUCUUACCC